AAGAAAGGGCGUAGUGCCUUGCUAGCUGUCAAGACAGCUGGUCCAACAGCUGCAUUUUCAGCUAGCCAGCUUCCCUCUGAAAAGGACGAAACACAAUAUGAUCUUCGUGCGGCCAGGAGUUACCCCACACUUGACGAUGAAGGCAGGCCAGACCUGCUACCCUGCACGCCUCCUUCCUUUGAAGAAGCUACCACGGCCUCCAUAGCCACGACACUAUCUUCAACAUCUCUCUCUGUUCCCGAGCGAUCCCCUUCGGAGACCUCUGAGCAGCCCAGGUACAGGAGGCGCACACACUCCUCAGGGCAGGAUGGCAGGUCACACGAGGAGGUGCGGGUUGAGGAGGAGCUUCAGCAGAUCAGCGUCGAGCUGGAGCCCAAGUGCGACGUUGAGAUUGUACCUCCUGAAGAAGAUGACAAAGAAGAGGCGGCUUCUUCAGCCUGUGCCAUUGUAACGUCCACAGCUACGAUAGAGGUGGAGACAGCCAGCCAGGCCUCCGAACCAGCCAGCCAGGCCUCGGAUGAAGAUGACGUGCCAGUCACAGACAUAUACUUUCUCCGACUCUGGCGAUGAGAGACAGAAAUGGAAGAAGAAGAAAAGCAAAAGCAGGGACCAGCACCGUAAAAGCCAGAAGAAACACCGCUCGCGGUCCCGGGGUCGCUCCUCGAGCUCAGAGCGUGAGCGAGACAAGAGGAGAGCCCGGAGCAGAGAGCGGCGGAGCAAGAGAGAUGGCUCCAAGUCUUCUGUGUCCUCCGUCAGCUCUCCCUCCCCACCGCGUUCCCGGGGUAGGGAGGAGACGGGGCAGCAGCUGAGCCUCCAGGAGCGCUUGAGGCUGAAGGAGGAGAAGAAAAAGCAGGCUGCGCUCAUGAAAGCCUUGGAGACGCCCGAGGAGAAACGGGCUCGCCGGCUGGCCAAGAAGGAGGCCAAGGAGAGGAAGAAGCGGGAGAAGAUGGGGUGGGGAGAGGAGUACAUGGGUUACACCAACACCGACAAUCCCUUUGGGGACAACAACCUGCUGGGCACCUUCAUCUGGAGCAAGGCGCUGGAAAAGAAAGGGAUCAGCCACCUGGAUGAGAAGGACCUGAAGGAGAGGAACAAGCGAAUCCAGGAGGACAAUCGCCUGGAGCUGCAGAAGGUGAAGCAGCUGCGCCUGGAGCGGGAGCGGGAGAAGGCGAUGCGUGAGCAGGAGCUGGAGAUGCUGCAGCGGGAGAAAGAAGCAGAGCACUUCAAAACCUGGGAGGAGCAGGAAGACAACUUCCACCUGCAGCAGGCCAAGCUGCGGUCUAAGAUCCGGAUUCGGGAUGGGAGGGCGAAACCCAUUGACCUUCUAGCCAAGUACAUCAGCGCGGAGGAUGACGACCUGGCCGUGGAGAUGCACGAGCCCUACACCUUCCUGAAUGGCCUGACCGUCUCCGACAUGGAGGAUCUGGUGGAGGACAUCCAGGUUUACAUGGAGCUGGAGCAAGGGAAGAACGUGGACUUCUGGAGAGACAUGACCAUCAUCACGGAGGAUGAGAUAGCCAAGCUCCGAAAACUGGAGGCAUCUGGGAAAGGAGGACCGGGGGAACGUCGGGAUGGCGUCAACGCUUCCGUCAGCUCGGACGUGCAGUCCGUGUUCAAGGGCAAGACGUACAACCAGCUGCAAGUGCUCUACCAGGGCAUCGAGAGCAAGAUCCGGGCAGGAGGACCCAACCUUGACAUUGGGUACUGGGAGAGCCUGCUGCAGCAGCUGAAGGCUUACAUGGCUCGGGCCAGGCUGCGAGAGCGGCACCAGGACGUGCUGCGCCAGAAGCUGUACAAGUUGAAGCAGGAGCUGGGGAGCAAACCGCUCUUCCCCAUCAUCAAGCGGGAGCCGGCCUCCCCCAGCGACAGGCUGGAUCCAGAGGAGAGCAUUGUGGUACAGCCAGGGCCGUCCUCGGAGCCGGAGGCCGAGCAGGACGCAGAGACCAAAGGAGAGACAGAGGGGGAAGCCGUGCUGAUGGAGGAGGACCUGAUCCAGCAGAGCCUGGACGACUACGACGCAGGGAAGUACAGCCCCCGGCUGCUGGGCACCAACGAGCUGCCCUUCGACGCCCACGUGCUGGAGGCCGAGGAGGAUACGCAUCGGCUGCUGCUUCUGCGUCAGCAGCUCCAGGUCACAGGUGAUGCCACCGAGAGCGCCGAUGACAUCUUCUUCCGUAAGGCCAAGGAGGGCAUGGGCGCGGACGAGGCGCAGUUCAGCGUGGAAAUGCCCCUCACGGGCAAGGCUUAUCUCUGGGCUGACAAGUACCGGCCCCGCAAGCCCCGCUUCUUCAACCGGGUGCACACGGGCUUUGAGUGGAACAAGUACAACCAGACCCACUACGACUUCGACAACCCCCCGCCCAAGAUCGUGCAGGGCUACAAGUUCAACAUCUUCUACCCCGACCUCAUCGACAAGCGCUCGACGCCCGAGUACUUCCUGGAGGCCUGCCAGGACAACAAGGACUUUGCCAUCCUGCGCUUCCAUGCCGGGCCGCCCUACGAGGACAUCGCCUUCAAGAUUGUCAACCGGGAAUGGGAGUAUUCCCACCGCCACGGCUUCCGCUGCCAGUUUGCCAACGGGAUCUUCCAGCUCUGGUUCCACUUCAAACGUUAUCGUUACCGCAGAUGAGGGGCUGCUCAGCUCCCGGGCCCCGGGGGGGGGGGGGGGGGGGCAGGGGGGUUUUGUCCCCUGUCACAGGCACUGUCCCAUGGAUGUCCCCGAGGCCUGGCCCAGCACGGGGCCUGUUCCUGAGGGUUUUCCCUGUCCUUGCUUUUAUCCUGAGGGACCUGAGACUUUGGUACAAAUAAAUAGGGGUUGUUUAAGCCGUG